UGUUAUUUUACGUCACAUAAAUUUUUUUACAAUCCUGUAAAACGUGUAUAUAAAAGAGCGUUAACAUUUGUAAUUCGGUACCUUUCACUCUAUGUUUCUUACAAACUUGUUUUGAAGAUGCACCGAAAAGCCCGGGUAGCAGAUGAGCAUGUGGACAGAAAACAAAGCUAAUUUUCCGUGUCUCGUUGCAGGGUCAGUGUCCUAACCACGUAACUAAUGUGGAGGAGCUUGCUGCUGAAGGGUACCACCUGUCUCUUGCAGGUGGUAGACCCCAGGUUUCUCCACCAAAGGCAUUUUUCAUCCUUGUGUUUGAGACUUGUCACUCAGAGGCUCACUCACAGGCCUCCUGAUGUUUCAUAUGGCCUGAGGCUUAGGUGUGCAGGCUAUUUAUUGAAAUGCAGAGGGACAAGGGCUUAUAAGAAGGAUGCAAAAUCUACUGUGGAGUUUCCUGUGAGUCCCAUCACAGUCACAGACAUCAAACAGUAUCUGCGCUCCAAAGAUAUUCCCUUCCACGAUGGAUACAGCUGCCUCCACAUCCCGAGCAUCUUUGUUGGUUCGUCUGACAGGAAUCAUAGCUUCUCCUUGUUCAUUGACAAAACCACCGGCCAGUUUCUGUGUAAAGACACGCUAGUGGAAGGUAGCUGGGAGGACCUCCAAGACUGCCUGGAGGUGAUGCAGAAGGAUGAGCAGGACUUCCUGAGCCCUCACGUGCUGCUGGGAUAUUCAGAGAGUGUGGAGGAGCAGGAGGAGAGGGAGCGGGAGCUGAGGGAGGUGCAGAGGAUCUGGUCCAGCUCAGUGCCCCUCACUGACCUGCCUGAGGAUGAGGCUCAGCUGAUUAAAACCAUGUUCCAGAUCACAAAGGUCUCUAAUGCAACCCUUAAGAAGUUUGGUGUGAGACUCUUCAAGCCAACCAAGAGUUUGGUAUUCCCCUGGUUUGGUGGACCUGAAUCAUCUUUAAAGGGGGUGAAGCUUCUCUCUGCACAACCCACAGACACUGAGAAAGUCAGAUAUAAUGAAGCUACAGUGCCAAAGUGUAGUUCUUACUACAACCUGUUUGGCAUCCCCUUGGUGGGCCGUAUGGACUCGGAGGUGGUGCUGACUGGCCAUGAGCUGGACACUCUGGCUGUGAGUCAGGCCACAGGACUUCCCAGUGUUGCUCUCCCACGUGGAGUCAGCUGCCUCCCUCCGAUCCUGCUACCUUACCUGGAGCAGUUCAAGCGGGUGACACUGUGGCUGGGUAGUGACAUCCUCUCCUGGGAGGCAUCAAAGAUCUUUUCCCGCAAGCUGGGACUGAAGCGCUGCUCGCUAGUGCGACCUGGGGAGUACCGGCCGUGUCCCAUGGAGGCGCUGGCUCAGGGCAAGAACUUAAGUCGCAUCAUUAAGGCCUCUAUCCCAGCAUCCCAUAAGUCCAUUGUGUCCUUCAAGCAGCUCAGAGAGGACGUGUAUGGGGAGCUGAUGAACAAAGAACAGGUGGCUGGAGUGAAGUGGGCGAGGUUUCCAGAGCUCAACAGGAUCUUAAAGGGGCAUCGCAAGGGGGAACUGACUGUUUUCACAGGUCCUACAGGCAGUGGGAAGACCACCUUCAUCAGUGAGCUAGCCCUGGACCUUUGUAUGCAGGGCGUCAACACAUUAUGGGGCAGCUUUGAGAUCAACAACGUGCGUCUGGCUAAAAUCAUGCUGACACAGUUUGCCAUGCAGAGGCUGGAGGAGAAUCUGGAGCAGUACGACUUCUGGGCAGACAAGUUUGAAGAGCUGCCGCUCUACUUCAUGACUUUCCACGGGCAGCAGAACAUCAAGGCAGUCCUGGACACUAUGCAACAUGCUGUCUACCUCUAUGAUAUCAACCAUGUUAUCAUUGACAACCUGCAGUUCAUGAUGGGGCAGGAGAACCUCUUGGUAGACAAGUUUGCCGUCCAGGACCACAUUGUCGGGGCGUUCAGGAAGUUUGCCACCAACAGCAGCUGCCAUGUCACUCUGAUCAUUCACCCCAGGAAAGAGGAGGAUGACCGAGAGCUGCAAACAGCAUCUAUCUUUGGUUCUGCUAAGGCCAGCCAAGAAGCCGACAACGUCCUCAUUCUGCAGGAGAAGAAGCUUGUGACGUGUCCUGGCCGCAGAUCCCUGCAGGUGACCAAGAACCGUUUUGACGGAGACGUGGGUAUCUUCCCUCUGGAUUUCAUCAAAUCCUCGCUCACCUUCUCAGCCCCCAUCAAGGGAAAACACAAGCUGAGGAAGGUCCCCACCAAGCCAGAGAAUGAGGAAAUUGAGGGGGACAAGGCGGCGGUGGUGGCAAAGGAGAGUGAAAAGGCAGAGAAAGCUAACAAAAAAACAAAGACUCCACGAGAUGUUAAGAAUCCUGCAUCUGGAAAUGAAACCACCCCAAAUAAUAACAAUAAGUGUAAAGCAUAGGCAGGAUUGGUAAUUUCUGUGUUGAUGGUGGGUCUGUUUUACUUCCUCAGCAUUUGAAGGUUAAAGCUGAUCAGAUUCAAAGCUCGAUGUUAGACCAUUUAUCAUCCAUAGAGUGACAUAGGGAAUGAUGUUUUUAAUUAUGGAGUGAAGUAUGGAACCAGAAUGUGAAAUAACGAUGGUAAAGUGUUACCAUACUUUUAUACAGUUUAUAAAGCUUUUCUGUGUGGGUACUACUGUAUAAAAAGACUUAAUUCUCUACUAAAAGUAUUGAUAAAAUUCCGUUAAACCCAUUCUUUCGUUUCAGACAAUACUGGGAAAAGAGCUGCUGUCUUCGUGGUAAAGUUUAGUAUUUCCUGGUAAACACUUAUCACACUGUCAGCUUUCAGGAUGAUAUAAACACUCUCACAUUGGCCUAGUGUGCCCUCUACUGACUUUUUUACAGUGUUGAUUUAUUCAAUGAGCUGUUUUUUUUUUUUUUAUAAAAUGCCUGUCAUGCAGCUUUUUUGUUUUCCUUUGUGGUCAGCAGAGGGCAGUGUGUGCUUUAUAACCGCUCAGUUCACUCAAGAGAAAGGUUGAUCUGGAGAUCAGAUUCUGGGGGUGGCCACCUCCUGGAUCCACCCAUGAUUGUAUGAUGACUUUUCCUAUAAAUCAGACUGGCGAUUUGCAAGAACAUCAAAGAUCUUUGGCCUCCUCAUGUGAGUAUUAGUGCCUUUAUGAUAAUGAAGUGGGGUCAGAUUUCACAUGGUGAUGAGGUUGUGUACAUUUUCAUGCACCUGACCAAUGCUUUCUCUGUAGUGUGAGACUGAGCCCUUCCCAGCACCACUGUCCGCAAUCCAUUAUUUAGACCGAGUGACUUUUAAUAAAUGCUAACCCAGUUUUAAAACAUCUUCAUAUUAAUAUUUAAUGGGUAAAUCAAGUGCCCUGCCUCUGCACUGGUGUCGGUUUACAUGUGAAUCAGCAGCUUUCCAAAGUGGGGAAGUCUGCGUUGUGCUGUACUGCAGGAUGUACCAGUGGUGUCAGAUUUCAUCGGCAUGGAGCCACAUACGUUUCAGAUUUAUGAUAUAAAAGGAACAGUUCAGCCUGGGAAUAUGAAAGUGCCUGUGUUUUAUAUCAGGGCCUGUGGUCCUAGCAUCCAUACUGAGUAAAAUCUGCUUCACAUUGAGAGUAACGCUCAUUAUAAACUCAUUGAAGAACUUUGCGAUUUGAGAAUCUCAUCAAGAUGCUCUUGGACUCUUGUUUUAUCAAGCCCAUAACAUGAGGUAGACACAUGAAUCAGUGAUGACUGCCAUACAGCUCUUUGCUGGCUCUAUCUUCAACAGACCAGUCCAAGGAAGCUCCAGGCACCAGGCUCACUUUACACAUGGUAUGCGAACCCCUGAGCUCCUUGGAUAGCUGAGCCUGUAGAAUAUUGUUGUAAGCUGUAGGAAUAGUUCCUGUGUAUGUUUGACUGGUGUAAAUCACUGUAGAUGAGACAGCAAGCAGGUUACAGUUCCUGGACAGAUGUGGUGACCCCUGUGUUUUUGUUCCCAACCUCUUCUCUCAUUUCUUCUUUUCUAAACCUUCCUGUAGUGCUUGAUGUUUUCAUGUGAAUGUUUUACUGCUGUGUAAGUGCACACUGUUUCCCAUAAUGACUCCAGUCUGUGUGCUGGAUGGGUCUGGGUGUCCUCUUAACUGUGUGGGUGGGGGCUCUGAAUGGAGCUCUUUGUGCUUUAAGUCUUUGCUGCACCCAGAUGAUGGCGGUGCUGUCACCUGCCAGCUCCUUAACAAAGGUGAAAACACACAAAAAUUGAAAUGAGUGUGACACUAAUGCAUUCAGAUGGACAGCUGCACAGAACUUUUAUACUCUGUCAGCAACUCUUAUAGUACUGCUGACCUUCAUCCAAGUAACCUUUCAAAGAUUACAGCUCAAGUUUUUAUAUUUACUUUCAUAGUAAACAGUUGGUGAAAACAUAACUAGAUUAAACCUCUGUGUAUAUGAGGCUACAGAAUGGAUUGUAUCCUUCUGUUUUGAAUAUCUUGUACUGAUCAGAGCUUUGCAUGCUUAUACAAAUAGCUGCCAUCUGUAAAGGAAAGGAGAUGAAACAACCAGCACUUAAAGAUGAAAGAAACAAAUUGUGCAGAGACCAAAAUAAUUCCACUCUAUCAAAAUGGUACAACAUAUGAGGGAGAUAAUCAAAUGAGGCUAAUAAUAGAUUUUUCAGAUGCUUUCAUAAAGUGUAACCUACAAUCCACAGGAAAUAUUGUGAUCAGUGAGUUUUAGACACAGAUCUGCUCCAUAAACUAUUAUUAUAAUAAAAAGUAUUAUAUCAGCCAGUGAAAAAUGAAUUCAAGGCCCCAGCACUGCUGAUGGUGGGAUGCAUGCAUGGCUCUUUGCACCAUUAGCUGCUUUUUAUUAAGCCGACUAUUUGACCAAAUCUGUUAACUUCAAGACCUUCAGUCAGAGUUAAUUAGCCGGGGGCUUUGGUACUGCAGAGGGACUUUACUUCAAGUCCCAGAUGGGAUCAUAGUCAGAGGAUUUUCAGCUGAUUUACUGAGUUUCAUCUUGGACAUGGUGACAAGGAAGUGUUGGAUUGAUUAGAGCAAUGUCAGUUCAGAAAAUAUGAGAACAAUUACAGCAUUUUGGAGGAAAUCAGCGACACUGAGGCCACAGUAGAAAGGAUCUUUAUAAUUGGUUAAAUUUCUUCUUUCACAAAUACACUUAUUUGUUUUGUUGCUGAGCAUUAAAUGAGAAGAUCGACACCACAUUCAUGUUUGGAUGCUCAAUAUGAAGCUACAACCAGGAAACAGUUAGCUUAGCUUAGCAUAAACUCUGACAACAAGGGAAACAGCUAGAGUGGCCUUGUCCAAAGGAAACAAAAUGCACCUAUCAGCACCACUAAUUAACAUGUUUCAGUAGGUUAAUCCACACAAAAACCAAAGUGUAAAAGUUGUUGGCAGCAUCAGUUCAAAUAGUCUAAGGUAACUGUCAUUCACUGAAGUUAAGUCCAUUGUGAGACUAUACUAAAUAUUCUGGCUCUCAUUUUGUCCUGCCUGAUCAACCCCAAUUUCAAAGGCUUAAAGACACAAUGAGAAUAUUAUUUG